UCUUUUUCUUCCUAAAAAAACAGAAAUGAAAAAGAAAAUGGUAGCUUGAAGUAUAUAUUAAUGGUGCUAAAACAUACUGACCACCAAAUGUGAAGGCGGGAAGAGAAAUGGUCUGGCCAAUCCGCCAAAAAGCUUCUUGGAUGGCAGCCGUAAGUACUCUAGGACCUGGUUUAAGAAAUACCCAUCUGGGUGUUCAUAAACACUCCUCUAGAUCAAACCAGAGAAAUUUGGCACAAGCUGAAGAAACCCAUCUAGGAUUACUGCAUGAAAUCAAAAGGCAUCCAGUUGUAAGACCGGAGGCUUUGAGUGAUGUGUCAAAAGCUAAGAAUGGACUCAACUUUGGUGAAAUGAAGGAUAGGUUUCUCAGUUUCAAGAAGCAGAAAUUUUUGAGAGAGUCAGAGCAUUUCCAAAAUCUAGCUCAAGUUCAAGAUCCUAAGUUUAUGGUGAUUGCUUGUGCAGACUCUAGAGUAUGCCCCUCUAACAUACUAGGCUUUCAACCUGGAGAGGCCUUUAUGAUUAGAAAUGUAGCAAACCUCGUUCCCCCUUUUGAGAAUGGAGCAUCAGAGACUAAUGCAGCCCUCGAAUUUGCAGUAAAUACUCUUGAAGUUGAGAACAUAUUUGUCAUUGGCCACAGUAGUUGUGCAGGAAUUGAGACCCUCAUGACAAUGCAAGAUGAUGGUGAUUCAAGUAGCUUUACGCAUAGAUGGGUUGUGAAUGCUAAAGUUGCCAAAUUAAGAACAAAAGCUGCUGCGCCGCACCUUAGCUUUGAUCAGCAAUGCAGGUACUGUGAGAAGGAAUCGAUCAAUCGUUCGUUAUUGAAUUUGCUUGCAUAUCCAUGGAUAGCAGACAAAGUAAGGAAGAAACUGCUCUCAGUUCAUGGAGGAUACUAUGAUUUCUUGAAUUGUGCAUUUGAUAAAUGGACACUUGAUGUAAAUGGUAGCAACAAUACCCUAGGGGGUAAACACUACUUGGUGAAAGAUCGAGAGCUUUGGUUGUGAUCCAUUUCUUGCUUCUUCUAUUCAAAACGUCUCUCUGUAAAUCAUUAAUGUAUGAUGUAAAUGGUGUUAAAAGUCACAAAAUACAGACAAUUCUUAGUCCUGUAAUAUAUAAUGACCGAUUUCAAUUUGUGUG